GCGGCUGGGCUAUCGUCCCUGGUUGAUCCCGACGCAACCCCACCUCUCAGUCGGCCCAGGCGGCGCUUAGGCCGACCCCAGCCCCGGACCGGUGCGCGCGUUUGUGCGGGUGGGGCGUCGUGGUCGGUCCAUCAGACUUCCUUCCCGGGGACAGUCAGCCCACCCAAGUCCUCGCGCACCCUGGCUUCCAUCUGCCGCAGCCCUGAGCCCCACGGCAGGUCCACCUCCUGCCUCCUCCCAAGCCCCGGACCCCCGGGCGCAGAGCUGGGAUGGCCUCCCGACCGACCCGAAAUGCAGACGGCGCCGAGCCCGGGGGUCGGGAAGCGUUCGCCCCUCCAGCCAGUCGCUUGGGCGUCGUGGGACUUUCAGUCCAGUUAUUCGCUGCACUCACUGGACUCUGCGCCCCUGGGUCAGGCGAGGAAUCUUGGAGAAAUUCAUUCAAGGCUUUUGGAUCACAGACCAAUUAUUCAGGGUGAAACUCGUUAUUUUGUAAAAGAAUUUGAAGAAAAACGUGGUCUUCGAGAAAUGCGAGUUCUUGAAAAUUUGAAGAAUAUGAUCUGUGAAACAAAUGAACAUACUCUUCCCAAAUGUAAAGAAACGAUGCGAGACAACUUAAACCAAGUCCUCCUGAGAUUGCAAGCAGCUAAUGACUCAGUCUGUAGACUCCAGCAGAGGGAGCAGGAACGAAAAAAGAUUCAUAAUGACCAUUUAAUAGCUAGUGAGAAGCAGCAAAUACUCCAGUGGGAGGCUUUUAUGAAGGAACAGCCCCACAAACGAGCUGAGGUGGACGAAGAGCACAGAAAAGCCAUGGAGAGGCUCAGAGAGCAGUAUGCCGAGAUGGAGAAGGACCUGGCGAAGUUGUCAACCUUCUAAGAAGUCGAGCCCCAGCAGUGACAAACGAAUGAGGAGUCCUCGACUUCCCCCACACCCUCACCCUCCUGUACUCCCACCAAGCCAUCAGCCUCUGCUCCAAGCUUAGCAAUAUCUUCAGUGGCACUCUUGUACCAGAAGGAAACUGCUGCUGGAGUCCUGAUGAAAGGUUUAACGGAAGAAGAGUGCUACAUCUUUCCAGUUUUAAGUGCCUACAAAAGGUUAUGUGAACGGGGAGAAAUCAGGGAAAUCGGAUACAUUUCCUCUUAGUUAACUAGAUUUGGUCCUCUUUCCCACUGAUUAGCUCAGAGAACUGUAAGUAUAGACCUCUUGGAAAGAUCAUUGCAUUUAUUCUUAUUCAGGGUUGAUAUUAGUUUGUUCUUGUGUAUAACAGCUGGCUGCCGUAGCCUCCCUGGCUGUUGGGAGACCAUAGAAAGUGUUAUUCCAGAGCAGUGUAGACAGACAGUGGCUGUCCUUGGGGCAGAGAGCACAGUUAAGGGAGGUGAGAAUGAAAACAUCUUCUCUAGGCCGGGUUCGUCCUUGAAUUGCCUAGGGGGAAGGCUGCAGGUUUGGCAGUAAGGCAACGCGCUCUGUGCUUCCCUGGAUGACAGGACACACGAGUUAUUUUGGUGGCCUUCCAGCAUGAACUACUUUCAGUUUUUAAAACAUACUUACCAAAAAAUACAUUUUGACCUUAGCUUUUAGAGGAACCAUAAUCUUACCCAUAGUAUUUACCUCAUUCUUGUGUCUGUUUCACUGUGGGUAAGCGUGAUAAGUAACGUCUAUACAUGUUUCCACCGUCUGAGUAAUCAGCAAAACCUGCCAAGGAGUCCCUCUGUAACCAUCUCAAGAUCCUGGCUCUGAGUGAGCUGGAAGUGUGCUCCCACCAGGCAGAUGACCCACGUCAGAUGUAAAGCCUUUUCAGUAUUAGCGUCUGUUCUCGUGAGCAGGUGUAUUAUGGUGAAAUGCACCAAUCCUGUCAUCACUGUGAGCUUUAACAUUCCGUUCUUAGCAAGCUAGUCGAAGACCUAAGUUUAUUUUUUUUUUGAAUUUGCCAUAAGCCAACUAAAGUAAAUGCAAUAAUUUCAAGGGGUUUAUGGCAAGCAAAUUUAAGGCAUGGAUAAAUCUUUCCAAAUUUUUAAUUGCUCUUCAGUAAAAAUAAGGCACAAAAAAAAAAGAAAACAGCCAACUCUCUUGUAUUAUCUCAGUAUUGCAACUGCAGAACAUUGACAAUGCUCCCUUGUGUAAAUUUAUGGCUUACUGUCAAAGCUUCAUUCUUGGCUGCAUGUUGAAAAUGUGAUUAAAGUUAAUAGAGAGAUGAAA